AUGUGGUCGCUCACACUACCCGACGAGGUAGCGACGCAGUCGUGCAAGGUAGCAACGUGGUCGUGCAAGGCAGCGGCUGCCUCACGAGGCGGAGACAAUGGCAUCAGUGAUCAAUGGGUGAUGGCGGAGCUGAUAAAGAACCCCGACAAGAUGAGCCGCGUCCAGGAAGAGUUGCCAGCCAUCGUCAUCUUAGAUCGUGCGAGUGAAGGAGAUGCUCUGUGCCUCUGCCUGCACCAAUCUAUCCCGUUGUUGCUCCACAAGACGAUGGAGGAGAGCCAAGUGGCGAGGUACUUGGUUCUAGCAUGGUCUCGUGUGAUGGUCAACGUGUGGGAGAUCGGGCAGCAGAUGUCAGUCUUAAAGGAAGCAAGGGCAUUCCGCCCCACACGAUUCGUCUCAAGUGGUGAGGCAGCAACAAUGGACUUCAAGGGGAAUUUCUUUGAGUUCCUUCCCUUCGGGUUGGGGCAGUGGCCCUACAUGUGGAUGCAAUUGGGACUUUAUGGGGUGGAGCUGGCGGUGAAACAAAUGGCAUAUUGCUUUGAGUGGAGCCUAGCAAACUAG